AUGACGUCUAAAACAGUUCAGAUAACACGACGGCUGGUUUCAAAAGAUGGACACAAUAACGUACGGAUUGACAAUGUGGAGGGCAUGGUGAAACUCUUUCUGCACGAUCUCUGGACCACUGUGGUGGACAUGAAAUGGCGUUACAAGCUAACUCUGUUUGCCUCCACAUUCGUUCUGACCUGGUUCAUCUUCGGUGUGUUCUUCUAUCUCAUCGGGAUGGCCAAUGGGGACUUUGACGUUGACGUAGCAUCGAAUCACACGCCCUGCGUGAUGAACGUAGAGACGCUCACUGGGGCCUAUCUCUUUUCACUAGAAUCUCAGACCACCAUCGGUUACGGUUUCCGUCACAUCUCAGAGGAGUGCCCGCUGGCCAUCUUCACUCUGGUGGCCCAGCUGGUUAUAACUGGGCUGGCAGAGAUCUUUGUCACAGGGGCUUUUCUGGCUAAGUUGGCCCGUCCCAAGAAGAGAGCCGAGACCAUUAAAUUCAGCCAGUCUGCGGUGGUGUGUAAGCAUAAGGGCAAACUGUGUCUGAUGGUACGUGUGGCAAACAUGAGAAAGAGCCUCCUGAUCCAGUGCCAACUCUCGGGCAAGUUACUUUUCCCAUACGUCACCCUGGAAGGGGAGAAGACCACUAUCCACCAAGCUAAUGUGGAGUUCAAUCUCGACUCUAGCCAGGACUGCCCCUUCCUGAUCCUUCCUCUGACCUUCUACCAUGUUCUGGAUGAAAGCAGCCCGCUGGCAGGCCUCAGUGCCGAAAAUCUGCCAAGCAGGGAGUUUGAGCUGGUGGUAACACUCAGCGCAACCAUGGAGUCCACAGCAGCAACCUGCCAGACCCGAACCUCCUACGUUCCUCAGGAGAUCUUGUGGGGCUACGAGUUUAAGCCACUGCUCUUCACCAGUCCCAGUGGGAGAUAUGUGGCUGACUUCAGCUUCUUUGACAAAGUACAGGUGUGCAGUGACUCCGCCAUGCUCCUCAAUAAUACUGAGAAACUUCAGCUGGAGGAAGAGUACAGGAGAGAGUAA